AUGGAUUCUCUACCAGCCGAGCUUCUUUCUAUUAUAUUCACGCUGAGUGCAUCCCCUGAAUUUUCCGACAGUGACAGCGACUCGAACAACCCUGCUGUUUCACCGUGUUGCGGCUAUAUGUCAUGGGUCCCCUGCCAACUUUCCACUGUCUGCAGAGAGUGGCGGUAUGUAGCUCUUUCAACGCCAGAGCUUUGGAGCAAGAUCAUCGUCAAUCUUGAGGAUGCCACAAACUCGAGGAUAUGUGCUACUUCUCCUUUGCCGGAGUUCACCGUCACGAGCAUGUAUUUGUCGCGUUCUGGGAAUUACCCCUUGGACAUCCUCAUUGAUGCACGAGAUCCUGACUGGGACUACUCCGAAUCUGACGUAUCUAGUGCAGGACAUACGCCGAGCCCUGAUGAUGAUGACGACGAUUAUGUCCAUCCGUUUUCAGUGCAACACAUGGAAACAGUCCUUCGUCUGAUCAUACACCACUUCCGCCGACUGCGCACACUUGCCAUUUUCACAGAUCGAUGGGCGCCCAUGCACAAGGCAUUACUCUACUUGACCUGGGCAUAUAAAUCGCAGGCCCCUCCACCCGGAAUUUCCUGCGCACCGUUGCUCGAGAGCUUGGUCCUAGUGCGCCAUAAUGAGCAUAUGAAUUUCACGGAGCCAUUCUCUCCUCCAGGGUUAAGGGAUCCGAGCUGGCUCCCGUUGUUCAACCCGAUCCUCACUCACCUUGGCGCGCUACCUCGCCUGAAGAAUCUGAAUCUCAGGGGUGUCCACAUUAAAUGGCCCUUUUUACCAUGGUGGCUGCCCUCGCCGUUGAAUAGUGCCGGGCUGCAGGAGCUCGAGUUGUGUUAUCACUGCGACGAGGUCCGACCAUCUACUGCCGAAUUCCGCGCCAUGCUGGAGAGGUGCCCGAACCUUUCUAGCCUGACUGUGCGUGUUUCCGGGCCCUGCUGCCAAGAAAACGAGGAGGUCAGGAUGGCAGGUUGCCUUAGGACCAACGCAAGGCAGAUGCUGUCCAUGCCCCGCCUCACCACACUCACGCUCGGCUGGAUGGACGAGUUCGACGCAAUCCUCAUCCUUCAUAUGAUCGAUGCCCCGAACGUACGCACCCUCACGCUCGACGGUUCUUAUGUCCAGGACGAAGACAAUGCAGAGGCAUUGCUUCUAUAUUGCGGGAUUGGAUCCACCGAUCCACGCGAGUCUGAGGGGCGCCCAGUAUUCCCACAUUUGAGGAGUGUGUCAAUUUGGCACGUCAGGGCCCCUCUGCACUCAUUUGCGGAGUUCUUCGAAUCCGCCACCCGCGUGAAGGCGCUCACUCUGGUGGAGGUUACGAUGGAUGCAUACUUCGCGCUUAUGCCGGCCACUUUAAUGGCUAUCACACCCUCACUAUUUAUCCCCUGUCCGACCCUGGAGAAACUGUGGAUUACCGGAUACAAUGACGCUAAAAAAGCGAUUAUCAAUGUGUUACGCACACGGAAGGCAUAUGGUGCUCGUUUUCCCGAAGUCCAACUGGAUGCUACGCUCUUAGAUGAGCCUGCUCUGGUUGUAGGCGGGGAAUGUGUAAUGAUGGAAAGCGACGAGGUGUCCGGUGAUGACUGUAGUCAUCAGUAG